UCUUUCUGUAAACAUGUCUGACAAAUACAAAAAUUUUCAGAGUGUGUACGAAUUAGACGCCCAGAAAGAAGAGAACAAAAAAGCCAGACAGUUAAUACUUGAACAGGCCAAAAAGAAAUAUGAAAUCUCUGAGGCAAAGAAAGAAAGGGCAAGAAAAUUAGGUGAAGGAACAUGGAUGCUUGAUUCAGUCACACAGCGCAUUGAUAAAGAAGAAAAGGCAGUGGAAAAAGAAAAAAAGAAAAAAGUGAAGAAAGCAAAAAAGAAAAAGAAAAAACGAUCAAGUUCAGCAUCAAAUGAUAGUAAUGCAAGUGAAGGUGAAGUUUGGACAGAAGUUUCCAAGUCCAACCAUGGACCUGCUUCAGUUAAAGGACCUCAACUCCAACGUGAAAGCUGGAUGGAAGCCCCAAUUAACCUGAUACCAACCACCUCUAGGCAAGAAAUUCGAAAUGCCAUUUUGAAAGACAAAGAAGAAGCCAGAAGGGAGGUUGAAAAAUUAACACAGCCAGGCCGGCAUGUACGUGAACUAAACCCCUACUGGAAAGAUGGUGGCACAGGUCUCCCAGAUAGUCGUCAAGAUGUGAAGGUGCCAUCUAGUGGCACAGGUGAUGGUGGAGUUGCCUGGUUAAGGAAAGCCUACAGUAGGUGUAAGCAGCAAGCUGAGGAUGAAGGAAGGAGCUUAGAGGAAGUGGCAGCUGAGAGGUGGGGGUCUCUUAAAAAGCUUGAAUCUAUGUUGGAGGAAGCAGAAAAGAAACAAAAAGAUGUUGCUCAAAGGAAAGAUAACAGAGACAGAAUAGAGGGCAGAAAGGAGCCAAGGAAAUAUGAAAUGGACAGAACUCAAGAAAAGAUGGGUACAAGCCGUAGGGAUGAUCCAUCAGAAAAGCAAAAUCGUGACUCCAGGUAUUCACACAGAGAUCAGCCUAGACAUGAGGAUAAAGAUAACAGAAGAUCUGGUUUUCGUCGUCCUGGAUCUGAUAGUGAUGAGGAUAAGGAUAAUAGAAGAUCUGGCUUUCGUCGUCCUGGAUCUGGUAGUGAUGAGGAUAAAAAUAAUAGAAGGCCUGGCUUUCGUCGUCCUGGAUCUGGUAGUGAUGAGGAUAAAGAUAAUAGAAGAACUGGCUUUCGUCGUCCUGGAUCUGGUAGUGAUGAGGAUAAAGAUAAUAGAAGAACUGGCUUUCGUCGUCCUGGAUCUGGUAGUGAUGAGGAUAAAAAUAAUAGAAGGCCUGGCUUUCGUCGCCCUGCUUCUGAUCAUAAUGAGGAUAAAGAUAAUAGAAGAUCUGGGUUUCGUCGCCCUGGAUCUGAUAAUGAGGAUGAUAAAGAUACCAGACGGUCUGGCUUUCGUCGCCCUGCUUCUGAUUUUGAUAAAGGUAAAGCUGACAAAAGGUCUGGCUUUCGUCUCCCUGCUGGAUCUGACAGUGAUGAGGAUGUAAAAAAUUCCCAUUCUGAUCAUAGGAAGAGGUCUUCACCUGGACGCAACUCUUAUAGAAGAGAAGGCUUUGUGAGACCCUCAGAUGCUGAAGAGGAUUCUUAUAGAGGUAGAGGCAGGUCAGGUGGUGAAGGGGGUAGAGGGAAGUCAGGUGAUGACACUCCUGCGUGGAAGAAGAAGCCAGUGGUGCAGCCAGUCAGAGAACAGCCUACAGAAGAGAAGAAGAAAGCUGAAAAGGUGAACAUCAGAAGAAAAUCUACCAGUUCAUCUGCUUCAGAUGACAGUGCUUGUUCUGCGAGCUCUUCUGAAUCAGAGGAAGAAAAGAAACACGAGGAACCAGCAAAGAUCUUAAGUGAAGAAGAAUUGAAUGAAUUGGCGGCAAAGAUUUUAAGAGCUGAGAUCAUGGGAGAAAAUGAUUUAGCUGCAGAACUGAAGGAGAAAUUAGAAAAUGCCAGAAAACAGAGAGAAGCUUCAAAAUCUGGGGGAGAGAAGCAGGCAGAUUUCUGUCACAGAAGGAAGGAGCAGGGUGGGGAGAGGAAGACCAGGGCUCACAAGGAGGAAGGAGAGGAGGACAACGUGGUUGUUCUGUCUCGGACAAGCAAGGGAGGACUGGUCAGGCCGGUCGCUGGAUCUGGUGAACAGUGGGGGGGCCCAAGUGGGAAAAAACGCAAGAAGACUGUACCCACACACAGUAUGACAGGGGACAGGACAAUUUAUUUUGAUAAUGAUGACCAGUUUGACCUCAAGACUUUGGUUGAGAGGGAAAAAGCUGGCACAGCAGAAGAUCAGAAUUCUAUGUUUGCCAGGUUGGCUGGUAGGUCACAUGACAAAGACAUGGAUGUUGACGACAUUUUCCUGACAAAAGCUGCCAUCAAACAACACGCUGAGCAAGCUGCUACAAGGGACAAGGCUGCUGCUAUUUUUGAACACAAGAAGAUGAGCUCAGCCAUGGACAAGUGUACCAGGUGCCUCAAGAAGGUUCCCAAACACCUCAUCAUUGCCAUAGGGUCAAAGAGUUAUCUGUGCUUGCCUCCCCACCGCUCCUUGACAGAGGGCCACUGUUUUGUUGUCCCUAUUCACCAUGUGUCAUCUGCUACAAGCAUGGAUGAAGAUGUCUGGCGGGAGAUGCAGACGUUUAGAAAAAGUCUAGUCCAGAUGUUCACCUCACAAGGCCAAGAUGUUGUUGUCAUGGAAACUGUGAUGCACCUGAAACACUUCCCCCACACAGCGUUUGAAUGUAUCCCAUUGGAUAAGGAGCUGGGAGAUUUAGCUCCCAUUUAUUUUAAAAAAGCCAUCCAAGAGGCAGGCCCUGAGUGGUCAGACAACAAAAAACUUCACAGUCUCAGACAGAAAGAUGUCAGACAUGUGAUACCAAAAGGUUUCCCAUAUUUUAGUGUAGAUUUUGGUCUAGACGGGGGAUACGCUACAGUUAUUGAGGACGAGGCCAAAUUCACAGCAUAUUUUGGAAGGGAAAUUGUUGGUGGAAUGUUGGAUGCCGAGCCCACACUGUGGAGACACCCACACAAGCAAAGCUUUGAGGACCAGCGACAGAAGGUUCUGGAGUUUGAAAAAAUGUGGAGACCUUUUGAUUGGACGGCUAACUUAACCCUGGGCGACUGAAGAAAUUUGACUCAAAAGUUGUGCAGUUUGAAAAAAUGUGGAGCCCCUUUGAAGAGAUUUGAGACAUUAGGACUUAGGAGCAGAUUCAGAUUGGAUGUUUGAGAGCCCAGAUGAUUGAAGGAUGGAUGUUAUGAUUGAGGGAGAGUUAGACUGAAUGAUUGGAGAAUGACCAGAUGAUUGAAGGAUGGAUGUGAUGAUUGAAUGAGAGUAAGACUGAAUAAUUGGAGAAAGACCAGAUGAUUGAAGGAUGGAUGUGAUGAUUGAGGGAGAGUUAGACUGAAUGAUUGGAGAACUGAAACCGGAUGAUUGAGGGAGAGUGAGUCUGGAUGAUUUUAAAGUUUUCAGAAGUUGAUACAAAAGUUUGAUAUACAAAUUUUAAGUAACAUGAAUAAACAAAUUAGCAAUUA